CUAUUAUUUGCUCUGAAUUGAAUGAUAUUGCUAUAAGAAAAUGUUAUCGAUGCUAUCUUCAAAAUAGACUCACGUAUUGGAAGCGUAGUGAUAUUCACUUGAAACUGACAGCAUUAGUUGAAAGGAAAGCAUUGGCGUUAGUUAAGAGGAAUGCUGACAGCUAGGAGGUAGAUCAUGUAUUUGAAUAAUAAUGAUGCUAUUAUUAGAAUUUGCUGUCGAAUUGCCACGACACUUGUACAAUAUUGAUCAGUUUUUGGCACUAUGCCAGCUAGGCAACUUUAUCUUUGAUAAUGGUUCGCGCAUUUUCUAAUAACAUGGGGUGUAAUAAUAUUAUUGGGCUUUUUGUAAUUGUGAUCACAGUUUCCAAUUUGUGUUUUUGUUCUAAAAGCAGGAGGUCAUCAAGUCUUUCCGAAUCAUCAAGAGCACAGUUGAAUGUAGAACUCUAUACAGGACCAGAGACGAUUCUUUCAAAACAGAUAAGCUAUGAAGGCGUUAGUUUGAUUAUCGGAUCCAACUAUGAGCGUGAAUUGAAAACUUCAGAACCAAUUUACAAAUGUAGUCUUACUGAUUUACCUGAGGGGUACACAGGACCCGAACUUCUGGAACGUCCUAGAAGCUAUAGAAUAAAUCCAAGUGAAGAAAGGUCAUCAAAUCAUUCUUCAGACUAUUUUUUUCAUUUCUUCAGAGAAUUUUGGCUGUGUAGAGAUCCAACCAAUGCGAAACAACCCGUAUUCUACAAAGUGGUUAACCAGUUGAUAAGUGUAAGAGAUAUUUUUGAAAUCAAAUACUAUCCUUACAUUGAAGUGGCUACUGUCGACUAUUUGGGAUCCAAUAAAAACAGCGCCAAAAUUAAAGAAAUCAAGUUCAUGUACAAUGAUGGGGGAAGGUUUUAUAAUCUCAAAUUUGAUUCUAAGUUGAUCGAUGAAAUUGUGAUGGAUCAAACCGUGCACAAACCACAAACAAAUCCUAGUUUUAACGAAUAUGCACAUUCUAUCGAACCAAUGCGAGUCGGGAGUGAGAGAGCAGUCAAAGACUUUCUUUUUACACCCAACGAUAAACCUAGGAAAUUGAUCAAUAUUUCUCCAGCUGGGAUGAAUUUGAGGAUCGGUUCGACAUGGCACAAAAAAUUCGAAGGUGGACUAGCUAGAACUACAAAUGAGUACAUUUGCAGACGAGAGUAUGGCCUUGACUUUCCUCAUAUAUUCACGCCAGAGUGUUCUGUGAAGCACAAAUUCAAAAACUCGGAAGAAAGUAUUUAUGCAAAAGUCACUGCUGAGGAUUUCCCAAGAAUGUUUACGGUGGCAAACCGCGAAGUCUGGCUUUGUACAAAUAAUGUGAGUAGGCAUAUUUAA